AUGUCUACCGAAGAGGCUGUUGGUCCUAAGUCCUUUGACCGCGACUCAGCUCAACAAGAGUUAAAGUCUGCGCUCUACGAGGGCAACAAGGAUGGCUCUCCAUCCUCGCUGAUCGAUCAGAUAUGGCAUGAAUUUUCCACUGUUACAGAGGAGCGUGUUCUAGUCUACAAAGAUGUAGACAUCAAGACAGCUCACGCAGUUAUCGACGAGCUCGAUCGUCGGAAGGAGGAUACAGCACUGAGGCUCGGAUACAAUUCGCUACUGAAAACCCUUAAACUGGUUCUGAUGCCAUCUCAGAUCCAUGAUAGCCAUCAGCCUUGGCUGAUCAACUCUAUCUUAGACAGUGGACAUUUAACGCGACAAGAGCGAAAGAGUCUUCGCAUUCUAAGUAGUACCAGAUUCGAAUCUUUUCGGCCGCCAUAUGCCUCAUCGCGCAAAGAGCCUGACCAAUGUAUUAGACCAGCAGGGAUGCUUCUUCCAACAUUAGUUGUCGAAAGUGGUUGGAGCGAGAGCCUUCCAGAACUGUACCAUGAUCGGGACUUAUGGCUUACUGGUGGUGCCGGAUCCGUACAAGUUGUCAUGAUAUUGAAAUGGAGCAAGAGCUCAGCAGGGCAAGUGAAGGGAGAUAUCGAAGUCUUUGACCUAGAUCACUUUGGGAAUGUACGGCGUCUACAACAGCAGACAAUUUUCCCCUUUCCGCCUGCACCAAUUGCUGCCUCGCAGAACAUCUAUAUUACAAAAGGGCAGUUGUUUGGUUCUGCCCUCCCAGCUGGUCAAAACCCAGCUGCAGCCGUCCAUCUCAAUUUGGAUGACCUUCGUCAAAUUGCCGACGAGUAUAUGAGGUAUGAGGGCUACGUUCCCGCUUCAUAAUUCUCUUCCGAGUGUCUACAGCUGUCAUUGCUAUUGCUUUUAUCAUCACAUUGCAUGGAAGUGGAGCGCGGUGCCUAUCGGGGUUGCAACGACGGGCUGGUGAUUCUCCAUAUUGUCCCGGUACAGAUGGGAUCCGCGAGGGCCACAGACUGAUAUAUAACGUGCAUUCAUAGCGACUCAAAGGAGGUGUUAAAGGCAAAGAUACGGGCGAUGUGCCAAGAAAUUGAGGACUAUAAAGGAAGAGCCGUGGGCGACAAUGUGUUACGGGAGCUUAACCGUAGCGAAGUAUAGUCAAGAUUCAAGCUGCCGGACCUCUUAAAGCGAUACAAACAGAACGAAAUAGAAGAG